AUGACUGAUCAGCUCACACAUCCUCUGCAGAACCAUGACCUGAUCCAGGCAAAUCGGGUUCUGAUCGGACACGGCAGACUGACUAAACUGAGUCGUCGAGGGCCCAAAACAAAGUCCUUCUUCCUCUUCAAUGAUGUGUUGGUGUACGGCGGCAUCGUUCUUAAGGGCCACUGGCACAAAACACAGAAGAUUAUCCCACUAGAGGACAUCCAGCUGGAGGACUUGGAAGACAGUUUCAACAUGAAGAACCAGUGGCUCAUUCGCACACCAAAGAAAUCCUUCUUCGUGGGAGCUUCUACAUGCCAGGAGAAGCAGGAGUGGAUGCAACAUAUUGAAAGUUGCCGGUCCAAAUUGCUGCAGACCAGCGGCCGCCAACCUGGAUCUAUCUUUGCUGUUACUUGGGUCCCAGACCAGGAAUCUUCCAUCUGCAUGCGCUGCUACAGCACGUUCACUGUGACCCAUCGUCGACACCACUGCAGAAACUGUGGCUUUGUGGUGUGUAAUUCCUGCUCCAAGCACAGAGCGUUGUUGAGACACAUUGACCCGAAUAAGCAUCAGAGGAUCUGCAGGAUCUGUCACUCCACACUCUCCAAUGAUACUCCAGAGUUAGCUUGUGUGAGAAAAGACAGUGCAGAGAGGAGCAGCUCAGAAGACGACGAAAUGGUCAUAUCCAGUGAUGAAGACCAGGUAGAGGAGUCCAUGGAGGACCAGGCUCCCACCAGGUGGCUGCAUUGAUAGACUCCAGGACCUCUGAAUGAAUCCAGAUCACAACGUGCCACAAUCAUCUUAUAAACCUUUCAUUGUUUUAUAACACACAGACAUUUGCACUGAUUCAGUUCAACCACAAAUGUUGAGACAAACAAUACGGAAAAAACUUUUUAAUGCAGCAUUCUGCAGA